GAAUUGCAGGAAAACAUGGCGAUCCCUCACGAAGUUUUAGCUGAAGGAUGGAUCCCUUUUACCGUCGUACUUGUGAUGACACUUAUAUUCUCAUGGUUCUACAUACGAUAUUAUCAAGACAAUUCACURUCUGAGGUGUCUUCUACUAUAACUGCUAUCAUUGCAUUAGUGAUAGCUUUGCUUACCUCUGCUUUGGUUCCUGUUGAUAUAUUUCUUGUUUCAUUCAUGAAGAACAAUGAUGGUUCCUGGAAGCCCUGGAGCUCUAUUACUGCUGAUAGAAAUGAUCUUGAGUCACUGGUUGAUACUUCAUACUAUGUUCUCUAUGGUCUUUUGGCAUCCUUGAUAUUCUUGAUCAUUCCCUUCAUGUAUUUCUACUUUGAGGAGAAAGAUGAUGAUGUCACUACAAGAGAGAGAAUGUGCAGUGCAGUAAAGUAUUCCAUUGGAUUCCUAAUUGUUGCAAGUGUUCUCCUACUGAUAGGGGCAUUUGCACCACUGAAACAGCCUCCCAAAAAUGUCACAGAAUGGGAUCAGAAGUUGUUGUUUCUGAAAGAUGAACUUGCUUCUAAUAAGGGAGAAACUGCAUUGUCUUUGAUGAUUGGUUUCCUGGCCCUCAUUGGGAUGUUGAUCAUGAUCUUUUAUACUGCUUAUGGAAUGACAGCACUUCCCUUUGCAAUGCUUAAAGGUUUCAAAAGUUCAAAGAAAGAACAUGAUGGGGUCAACAGAAAACUUGAAGAUAACAAAGAAAGAGCAAGGAUGAUAAGAGCUAAAUACAUGGAUGGCCGGUCUAUCAAUGGUAGAGACAGACGACUUCUCUCCCGUUUAGAAGCAGAGGAACAAACACUAGUGCGGCAAGAAAGACGACUUCAUAAUGCACAGCUUGGCUGGCUCAACAAGUGCCUUGUUUGCUGCAGACCAUUUGAAGUUGUUUUCGGAGUGUUUUACUUGCUUUUUGCAAUUUUGCUAUUUGUUUCUCUAUUCAUAACCUGCUUGGACAAAGCUCUACAUUCUGAAGGAUACAAGUAUGGCUAUAUGCUAACAAAGGCACAAUUACCAAACCCUAUUAACAUCAUUAUGGUUCAUGCACAGAAGGUCUUUCCCCUUGACUACUGCUUGUUUCUGGCCAUUGUGUUGUACUUCAUCUAUGCGUCCAUGGCGGGAAUGAAGAGAACUGGCAUACGUUGCUGUUGGAUACGACUGUUCAAAAUCCGUCCUCGUCAUACUCUUCCCCAGGCCUUGCUCCUAAUGUGCGUCAUGCUCAUGUUGAUUGUCCUGUCUUUGAACAUGAUGCUYUUCAGCUUGGCUCCACAGUACGUAAUGUAUGGCAGCCAGCAUUAUUUGCUACAUAAAAAUGUUACAGCUCACAAUGUAACAACGAUAACAUCAACAAGUGAAGUAUGCUCGACGAAGAUUUCGUCAGAUGACUGUACAGUGACACGAAUCGCUGUUUUCUUGAAUCGUUUCUUCUACAAAAUUUGGUUUUUCGGUGCUUGUUAUUACUGGGGAACAUGGCUAUUUCUUUUGGCGUUUGUCAUCGGUCUUAUUGUGUCUAUUGUGAGGAAAAGGAAAACAGUUGUCGAGGAAUACCUGAGUGACAGCGAUGACUCAGAAGAGGAAUUAAUUGCUGCGUGAAUUAGUCAACCAAUCAUGUGACCUUAGUUCUAUAGACUAGCUCUUAGCUGAUUGGAGGCCUGUGUCACGUGACGUGUGUCACGUUGUACAUGAAUACCAAAUCUAUCAUAAUGUGCAGUGACGCUAUUUUCUGCAAAGCAUGAUGGGAGUUGUAAUCUUUGUUGUCUGCUUACACAGUCCCUAUAUGUGGGAUCGUUACUUGAUUUCUUUACAAAAAAUGUAUAUAUAAAAAGGUUUUGGGGAYCAAAGUACAAAGUACCGCGAAGUUUAUCAUCAUGUUUUGUUGUACAAAAUAGCGUCACUGGACAGUGCUUAUGUUUGAGCAGUCU